UAGGACUGUGGUGUUUUACAUUAAUAUCAUCUUUCUUUUCCAUAUUCAAUUCUCGAAUCUCAACCCCAUAAUAUGACAACUUACUCACAUAUCUUCAAGAUUUUUCUCGAUCUGUGCGAAGAAAAGGAUGAUAUACCAUUACUCGCUGAUUUUAUUGAAAGGCACAGUCAGCACAUAAAAGCUAACAUUGGCAAAGAUCAAGAUGAAGAAUAUAGCAAGCUUGCAAGUGCCUUUUUCAAGUACGCCAAUUCAAGAGGCAUAGAAGCUAAGAAGGGUAAUGCUAAGGCAGCCUGGAAAAAGCAUAUCAAGCAGCAAGCAAGCAUUGCUAUGACAGCAACAACAACCAACACAGAAAAAACAUGGUCUUAUGCCAAGAUCAUGGUGAAGAAGAAGGUGUCUUUGGUCGCUGGUCUGUUGAAGAAGCAAUUCGAGCAUGAAAUUCUAGUCAUGUUCAUUGACUUGAAGACACAGUGGGAGCUGGAGCAAGAAGAAAAAGAAGGAAGAAGCAAUGAUGGCAAUGAUGACGAUGAUAUAAUGAUGAGAGAAGAAAAAGAUGUGCAGUACUUGCAGUACCAGAUGUCGCGGUAUGCAAAGAAAUCGAAGAAGGAAGAAGAAGAUGCCUUGAAGCCUGGCACCAAGUCAAGUCAAAUUUUGAGUGAUCGCUCUAAGCUGGCUCUAGAGUGCAAACGAUCUAUUGAUCAUCAGGUGUCUCUUGGUGUCCGUACACCUAAGUGCUUUGCGUUGUUUGUUGAUGAUAGACUUUCUAAAAACUUUGAUACUAUGGAGUUCAAUCCAACAGUUUGUAUGUUACUACCAAUCUCUGUGGUUAUGCAUUAUAGGCAUGCUCAGCGACCUUUUCUGCCUCCUGAUAUGCGUCAAAUCCAAGUUAAUGGCCUCAUGGUGUGCGAUCAUUUUGCCAAGAGGUUAGUUCGUGGUUUAGCAGGAACUAUAUGUGUUGCUCCCUUUUUUCAACGCCAUUUAGCGAUAUCUUCUCCCACCAAUGCCAUCUCUUCAGACAUAAAUGCAGGAUUCAGCUUUGCCUCUUUUCUAAACUGCUUUUCUGUUCUAUCUAUCAAGAGACCGAGCGAUGGGAUCAGCUCUAAGGUAUAUCAAAUGACUUGCUUGGAGUCUUAUCCUGCUCCUUCCACCCUGUUAGCCAUUUUCCCUACUUUUUGGGACUCAUUUUGGACAUUGUCCCUUACCGCCGCUGUGAGAAAUGUGGUGGAUCGAUACAUAAACUAUAAGCUGCCUACAAAGAUACGUAUGAAUCGCUUCUUGCCUGAACGAUUUCCAACUCUUUUAUGCCAAAUUUGUGGUCUUUAUACUGAAAACGACAACCAUAUGCUCUUUUCAUUCCCUCCAAAAACACAUUUUUGA